AUGUUUGGGACGAAACGCCUGGAUUUGAGCGUCUGUCUGUGGAGUGCUCUCACCACAUGUUUGGAGAGUGAAAGCACAAAUAACUCCGUGUCUCCGUCGGACAGUCUGCGCACAGCCACCGAGAAACAUCGAAGCUCGUCCGACUACAGCCUGGAGUCGAAGAAACGCAAAGUGGAGGAGAAGGACAGUAUGAGCCGAUAUGACAGUGACGGGGAGAAGAGCGACGACCUGGUGGUGGAUGUGUCUAAUGAGGACCCUGCCACUCCUCGAGCGAGUCCCGUCCACUCCCCGCCAGAAAAUGGAAUCGAUAAGCCCCGCCCGCCGAAGAAGGACACGCCCACCAGCCCAGCGUCCGUGGCGUCCUCCGGUAGCACGCCGUCCUCCAAGACCAAGGAGCUGGGACAUAAUGACAAAUCCUCCACACCGGGUCUGAAGUCCACCACCCCCACCCCGCGCAACGACGCCCCCACCCCUGGAACCAGCUCCACCCCCGGGCUCAGACCCAUCCUGGGCAAACCACCAGGCAUGGAGGCCCUGGCCCCUGCACUGCGGACCCCUCUGUCGUACCCCAGUCCCUUCGCCAUGAUGGGGCACCACGAGAUGAACGGCAGCCUGAGCAGUCCGGGCGUGUACGCUGGUCUCCACAUCUCUCCACAGAUGAGCGCGGCGGCGGUGGCUUACGGACGCUCGCCCAUGGCGUUUGACCCCCACACCCACAUGAGGGCCCCUGGGCUCCCCGCCAGCCUCACCUCCAUCUCCGGAGGAAAACCGGCGUACUCCUUCCACGUGAGCGCUGACGGACAGAUGCAGCCGGUGCCCUUCCCGCCGGACGCUCUGAUUGGUCCUGGCAUCCCGCGUCACGCCCGUCAGAUCAACACGCUGAGUCACGGAGAGGUGGUCUGCGCCGUCACCAUCAGUAACCCCACCCGCCACGUCUACACCGGGGGCAAGGGCUGCGUCAAGAUCUGGGACAUCAGUCAACCAGGAAGCAAGAGCCCGGUGUCCCAGCUGGACUGCCUGAACAGAGAUAACUACAUCCGCUCGUGUAAGCUCCUUCCUGACGGCCGGACUCUGAUCGUGGGCGGCGAGGCCAGCACUCUGACCAUCUGGGACCUGGCCUCGCAGACGCCGAGGAUCAAAGCCGAGCUCACGUCCUCCGCUCCCGCCUGCUACGCCCUCGCCAUCAGCCCCGACGCCAAAGUCUGCUUCUCCUGCUGCAGCGACGGCAACAUCGCCGUGUGGGACCUGCACAACCAGACCCUCGUCAGACAGUUCCAGGGCCACACAGACGGAGCGAGCUGCAUCGACAUCUCUCACGACGGCACCAAACUGUGGACGGGAGGUCUGGACAACACUGUGAGGUCCUGGGACCUCAGGGAGGGCCGGCAGCUGCAGCAGCACGACUUCACCUCACAGAUCUUCUCCCUGGGGUACUGUCCGACGGGGGAGUGGUUAGCCGUGGGGAUGGAGAGCAGUAACGUGGAGGUUCUGCAUCACUCCAAACCAGACAAGUACCAGCUGCACCUGCACGAGAGCUGCGUCCUGUCACUCAAGUUCGCCUACUGCGGUAAAUGGUUUGUCAGCACCGGGAAGGACAAUCUGUUAAACGCUUGGAGGACUCCGUACGGCGCCAGUAUAUUCCAGUCCAAAGAGUCUUCGUCGGUUCUGAGCUGUGACAUUUCCACCGACGACAAAUACAUUGUGACAGGAUCCGGGGACAAGAAGGCCACUGUGUACGAGGUCAUCUACUGA